AUGUACGCUUCAGCACUACAGAGGCACAACAUCGUCCUCGUCAUUGUUCUGCUAACCCUCCUAUUCUCGCUCACCUAUUUUCGACACGCUACUUAUAAAUUCGAAACGCCGCUGCCUGUCAAUGACUUACAACCUCCACCACCUCUUCAGCAACAGCAACAACAACAGCCACACCGAGUAAACGCAUCGCCUCCACCUCCCUCAUGGAAAUAUACCGAGGGAAACUCCUCUGAAGCCAUCUGUAGCAAUGUUGACUUUACCUGGCUAGUAUCAGAUAGAGAACACUGGGAUGGCUGGGUCUCCAAGGCCAUGUUCAUGAAGCCCGAGGGCAACUACACCUCAAAAGACGUGACGAUCGCUGCUGGAGAUAGUGUAUGCGUCGUCGUCAUGCUCGGUCCCAUUCCGGCUGUGUCCGCCAUACGACCAGAACAACACUUUGCACCAGCUGACAGCAUAACGAUUCAUGCAGUUGGCGAUAUGGUUAAGGUCCCUAUCACACUUGAACAGCACGACAAGCACAGCAACGUCUACUACAGCUCGGUCUAUUUCGCUCAUCCCGACGUCUACCAGCUCGAAAGCACCACCGAAUAUCGCUCGUACUUCUGGGAAACGCCGAUAUACCACCCUUACCGUCCGUUCCACUAUACCUCUCACAACAGCUUAAUCGUCAACGCUGCAGCAGGGAUCGACAAGUCGCUGAAGCCGUCGUGCAACGGAUACAUUAGCACCGGUAGCAGCUGGAUCAACAAGACAGAAUACCAGCGGCUGCACCCGUUGGAUUUCUACGGCAUGUUUGGCGAUGCGCAGGAAGAUCAUGUGGUAGAUGACCGCUUGUUUGUCCCCGACCAGUGUCGCAUGGAUUACAUCAGCACCAGCCAAGCCAUCCAGUGUUUGGAAGGCAAGACUUUCCAUGUCUGGGGUGACAACAACAUGAAACGAAACUUGAAAGCCUUUAGUACACCAAGCUGGUGUAGCGAGAAACCAACGAGUAACGAUGACAGCAGUAGCAACGACGAGGGACAACCACGGUGCAUCUGUAACGAUGACAGCGAGGGUGACAACGAUGUCUGGGGAACCGAUACCAACGAGCCGCUGCUUAUUCGCGACACCUGGCACGACGAUAUCGCCUUCCAUUUUAAUCCAAUCGGCAGCAUCACGUUGGACGACUGGCAAGACAGGGUCAAACAACGCAUAUCAGAGCUUCCACGCGCAAACAUUGUGCUCUUGAGCUUGGGCAAUGACGACAUUCCCUUGAGCCGGAUGACACCACGGCAAUUCUGGAACUCAUUUAUGGAGUUGACGUCAUUCCUACUAAACGAAAUUUAUUCAGACCAGACCAUCAUUGUCCGCACACCGCAGUAUUUCUGCUGUGGCAAUGUGCACGGGACUUCGUGGAACAGUGGUCGUAGCCGUGCGUUUGCUACUGUGAUUAGACAGGCUGUCAAGCUGCUUGCUUCGGAGCGAAGUAAUGUAUUACUCUGGGAUGUUCAUCGGCUCGGGAUGGAGGACAACACUUGCGUCGCAUCUGGCUCGGCGUAUACCAAACGGAGUGUUGUGAAUAUUGAAAAUCUCUUACUGUGGAACCUCAUGUGCCCCGCUGCUUCUUCUUCCUCUCCACCAUCAUAA